AUGGUUGAUCGUACUUUUGUUGGCUUUCUGCGCUUUAGCUUUAUCUUCUUACUUAUCUUCAUGCAAUCUGGUCAUUGCGUUAAAACCAGUCCCAAAACGGAAGCUUCAUUGCCGCCAUCAAGUCAUAACCAUCAACAACCCGGUGUUUCGCCUAGACCUUAUCAUUCUCCAGCCAAAUACGCUCAAGCAUUGCGUAAAAAUGAAAGUCGUCAUGCUAUGUUGUAUCAACAUUAUGCAGAUAAGAUUGGAACAACUAAUAAUCCACAUCAUCAAGCUAUUUAUGAUUCUCUUGCUGAAAAGAGUUUCCUUUCUUCACGUAAAAGUGCUGAAAAGGCGGAAAAGAUGGAAAAAGUCGCUAAAGAGUUACAAAUUGAUAGCAACUUUUCUGUUAAAAAUCAACCAAGAACUCGUUUGCAAGCCAAGAAAUUGCAACAAAGUCAACAAGCUGCUACAAUGCACGCUGAUAACGGCACCUCUGGUGCUAUGCCGUGA